ACGAAAUUCACAAAACUGAAAAUGUAAGUUUCUUUAAAAAUAUUAACAGAUCAAUAAAAUUGAAAUACGAUUACAAAAUCUGAUCAAAAUACAAACGUGCAUAAAUUAUAUUUAUAUUUUUACUAAAUAUAUUCAUAUAUUAUCAAAAAAAUGAGCUCUGACGAAGAUAACUGUCAAGAUCAACCUAACUUAGCUACAGAAGAAUAGUAAGUUUACUCUCAAAUACAUGGUAUUAUUUACUGUCUAAAAGUUUACCGAAUUCGUUUUCUAAAAUUAUUAUUUCUUCUUGUAACUUGGUUCUAACGUUUUGUCUUUUCAGUGAAUCUAUUAAUUCCAAUUGUUUUUUGAAUCCUGCUAUCAGCACAUCUUUUUCUCUAAUGCAUUUUGCCAAGACAUCAUCGUUCCUAGAUAAUGUUUUUGUAUACUUUUCUUCAGCUUCCUUGUGUGUUAUUUCCAACUUCUUCAAAGUUUCUUUAAGUUGUUUAUUUUCAUCCGCAGUUUUUUCAAAAAUCGAUUUUUGUUUAUCGUGCACAACUUGUUCGUGUUUAAAUUUUCUUUCUAUACUACCUAUAUCUUUUAAUAAUCUAUUCACCUCAGUAUCUUUAGUUUUUAGUGUCCCAGUUAAGAUUUCAACUUCUUUAUCGUGUUUUCUUAAUUUUUCUUUAAGCAACGAUACUUGAUAGAUAUAUUUAUCUUUUUCUUCAGUCAAUUUUUUAUUUUCUUCUUGUAAAUGAUCAUUGGUGUCAUCUUUUUUGACAAGUUCAUUAUUUAAACGAUCAAUUUCUUUUUGGAGAACAUAAUUCUUUACAGUAAUUUCUUUACUCGAAACAGUCUUAUAUUCUUCAAUGGUAUCACCAUUAUCAAUAAUUUUCAUAAAUGUUUUAAACUCUGAUGAUCUAUUAGGUUUUGGUUUUUGUUUAAUUUCCGGUGUACUGUGCGUAUCAUAACAAUUCAUUUUACUUUUAAUUUCAUUGAUUUCUUCCAUAAAUUUUUUUGUAAUUUUAUUGUUUUCCUCGUAUUUCAUUUGCAGUACUUCUUCAUUUUUUAAUAUUUCUCCUUGUUCCUUUGGAAUACGAUCCAUAUUUUCUAAUAUUUGUCUAUACUCAACAAAUUAUUGUACAGUUUACACUUAUCUAAUUAAUUUACGUGUUUAACCAUAAAGAAUGAUCUGAUAUUAUUUAAUUUUAUUGAAUCAUUUUAAAUUAAUAACAACAAAUGAAAAAAAAAAAACGAUGUAUAAAUACAUGAAAGAUUUUGUUUUGAUGUCAUGAUGAUUAUGGUAACUAUGAUAUUAUCAAUAAGUACUCAUUUAUAACAGUGCUACCAAAAAUAAUGAUUAUAACUAUUAAAAGCUAUUCCUACUUUUAAAUUUAAAUGUUUAUUAAAACUAAAAAUGUAGGUACUAGUUUUAAAUAAUAAUCUCGAUCCCUCUUUUAAUAUCUAUAUAUAGUCGUGAUGAUUGAUGCUAUCAGUUGCUGGAUCAGUUAUAUGAUCCCAUAGCAAAAGUAUAAUACACAAUUUCUGUCGAAUAUUCAACUUCUUUCAAAAUGUUUAUUAAUUGAAAAUUUACAAUAACAGUUUAUUAUGUUUAGUAGGUACAAUUAUUAUAAAAAUAACUACAGUAAAACUUCUGUUAACGGUGACCUCUAAAAGACGGUAACUUCUGUGUAACGGUCAUUAUUUCUGGUCCCUUCAGUGACCGUUACAUGGAAAUUUUACUGUAUUUAUAUUAAAUAUAAAUGUAUAGUUAUAUUUUAUCAGUACAUUUUAUAAUACCCUUUGUUUACUUAAUAAAGUUUGAUACUAAUCGGUUAAAAAAAUAAUAAAAAUAAUUUUAAAUAUUGGAAUCAUACAAUACAUACAACAAUUAUAAUUCGUGUAUAAAUUCAUAAAUAGGUAUUAAUUUAGUUUUGUUAAAUUUCAGUUGGAAUGAUACUUACAAUAUAGAAUUGGAUAAUUUUAAUAACUUUGGUGAUCCUGGCUCUGAAUGGUUUGGUCACAGUACUGGACAGAAGAUGAUUAAGUAAGAAUAGGUUUACAUUUGAUUUAUUUUAGUUUUAUAUAUUAAAAAAAAAAAAAUAUAGAACAUUUUAUUGACAUAUUGAUGGACAGUAAAAAUUAUCAAUAUUAUAUAAAUAUAUUUAGUGUAAAACCAUAUUCAGUUGAAGAUGUGUAACAUAGAAAGAACACAUGCUUAUUUUACUUAGGUGUACUUACAUCAGUAGUGUAUUCUUAUUUUUAAUUUAAACGACAUGGCAUUUUGUUAAAGAAAUAUGUACAAUCAAUAGUAAUUAAAAUCCUACAAAAAUAAAUUUGAUAAUUUUCAUAUUAUACAAAUACUGGUACUCCAGUAAAUGUGUUUAAUUUUUUUUUUUUUUUCAUAAUUAAAAAUUAUAAAAGAUUUAAGAUUAUAGUAAAAAUAUUGAAGUCUUUAGACAAAUAAUUGCUAUAAUAAUACAAAAAACAUAAUCUUUAUAUUUAAGAUUAGACCAAGUUACCCCAAAUGCUAAUUAAGUUUUUUCAUCUAACUGUCCUAAAAUGUACUACUAAAGAUAAAACAAUUAUUAUUUUGUAUUUGUUAAAAAUAUUAUAGGAUAGACUUGAAGCAAUUGGAUUUUAUUUGAAGAAAAAAAAAUCAUUGAUUUUUAAUUAAUAUUAUUAAUAUUAAAUUUAAUAAGUAUAUAUUAUAUAUAUUUUCAAAUAGUGCAAAGCUAAUAUAUUGUUGUAGCUCAGAGUACUAUGUGACAUAAAAAGUUAAUUGUGUCAUUAUUUAUAAAUAAUUUGAUAUAAAUAAAACAAAAAGUUAUGUUUCAGAUGUAUACAAUCUUACUGUAAAUUAAGUCGAGAAGAUCCAAUUUUGGAUGUUGGAUGUGGAAAUGCUUUGCUCUUAACUCAAUUAGUAGGUAAUUAAUAAUAAUAAUAUUUAUAUUAGAUUUUAAAUCUUCAAAAUAUUAAUAAAGUUUGUGUGUUGUUGAAAAAUAACCAAUUAGGCUGAAUUAGGAUUUUCCAAUCUUUACGGCAUAGAUUAUUCAGCCCCGGCUGUGAAAUUAGCAAAUUCAAUAAUCUUAAAACAAAAUAUUAAAAAUAUAACACUAAAAGAAUUUGAUUUUCUAACUGAUGAUGUGAAAACAUUACCUACAUUUCAAUUAGCCUUGGAUAAAGGUACUUACGAUGUUAUUAGUAUGAACGAUAUGAGUAAAGAAAAAAGAAACCAAUAUAAAGAAAACAUAAUCAAUUUAUUACAACCGAACGGUAUGUUCCUGAUUGUUAGUUGUAAUUGGACACAGUUAGAAUUGAACGAACAAUUUGACAAUGGUAAAAAAUAACUUUUAAUAAUGUAUUUUAUCUACUUAUAAGAUAUUUAAUAUUAGUGCAUUUUUAAUUAAUUUUUUUUCUCUAUAGAUUUCCAAAUUAUACACACCAUCCCAACACCGUCAUACCAGUUUGGAGGCACUGUUGGAAAUACAUUGUCAGCAACACUUUACCAGAAAAAAUAUUGAAAUAAAAAAUGUAAUUAAAAAAAACUGACAAUCUGUUUAGUAAUAGUUAAAUUGUAAAACUAUGGCUACCAAAAUUGCCAAGUACAGUGACAGUAUUGUUCGUAAACCACCUGUAACAUAACAUAAUAUAAUUUGUGCAGUUGACAACAUAAUCAUUUUUAAUUCAUAGUUUAUAAUAUUAAUUUAACUGACCACUGCAAGUGCCGUCCUCUUCCUUAAAUUCAUCUCGGCACUGACAUAUUUUCAUUUCUGUUGCUGGAUCGCUUGCAUUUAACGCACAAUAUGCCAACUGUAUACAUUGAACGUCCAAUUCGCAUUGCAUUCCCAGUCCUUUAAAACAUGAUAGUAUUUGAGAAAUCUGUAAUAAAUUUAAAAAUCUACUGAAUACCUUGAGGUGUUGUAAUGCAAUCUUUGUUGAUUGGAUGUGACUGGUCGGCGCAUAAACAACGUUGAAUGCCAUCCACUGGAUCUUUAGCGCAAGAUGUCUUUGGCCACUGCUUGCAGAAGGUGUCACUACGACACAUGUCU